AAUUUUGGACCUAUUGAAAGUGGAAUUUGUGCAUGUGGAAAACAUCAAGGUAUUGAAAAGAAAAAAGAAAAUAUACGAUUUUGUGAACAAUUAGAAGUUGAAUUUAUGGAUUCUCAAAUUCGAAGAUAUCGAAUGGUAUAUAUUAAAUUAGCAUGGUCUGUAACUCAUGUUUGGUAUUUAAAACAUUUACCUAGUUAUGUUGCAAAUCUUUUGGCUAAACCUCUUAAAGAGCUUUAAAGUCUAGUUUACUG